GAUGAGACACGGUGACCGCGCAUUUGCGCGAGACUGGGGGCGGGAAGAUGGCAGAUGAGUCCCAGCGGGACGCGAGAGGUCUCUCUGUGAGGUAACCGGACGGAGACAGCAGCCAGCCGGCCGACGGGGGGCCUCGACGGUGCACUCCUCGGGGAACGGGAGAAGCAGAGUGCGGUUAGCGCUCGGGGGGCGCCAUGUAGCGAGGGGCUUGCACCGGACUCCCGUUCUAAUGGUUACCUCAGAGCUGGCCGACUCGGUGUCCGUGAGCGCCGCGCUGCUGCCGUCCGUUUGGAUCGAUCGGUUGGCCGGAUAGCGCGGACACACGGACACGGCGCCUGGCUCAGCCCCACCCGGCCGCGCGCAAAAUGACGGGAGAAAAGAUUCGCUCCUUGUGCCGGGAGCACAAGCCGAGCAAAGAAGAGGAUUUGCUGAAGCCCGACGAGGAAGCGGCGGCCGACCCGUUCACGCCGCUCGGCGACGCCGGCGCGAGGAGGAGCAGGACCUUGAGCGGACACAACAAACCCCUCAGCGGGACGGAGCCCCCGCAUCUCAACGACAACAGCAGCGCCACCGAGGCCCCGGUCGGUGACAGCAACAGCAACCCGAUCGUGCUGGGACCGAGCACCGCCCAGUUCCCGCUGCACCAGUGCGUCUUCAGCGGGGACGUGCGUCGCUUGUCCUCGCUGAUCCGCAUCCAGAACCUGGCGCUCAAGGAUGUCCACGGAAACACACCUCUUCACCUUGCCGUGAUGACAGGACAGAAAGAGUGUGCCCACUUACUGCUGGCCCACAAUGCCCCUGUGAAGGUGAAGAAUGCUCAGGGCUGGAGCCCUCUCGCUGAAGCCAUCAGUUACGGAGACAGGCAGAUGAUCACGGCACUGCUCAGGAAGCUGAAACAGCAAUCCCGGGAAAGCGUGGAGGACAAGAGGCCACGGCUGCUGAAGGCCCUCAAGGAGCUUGGGGACUUCUACCUGGAGCUGCACUGGGAUUUCCAGAGUUGGGUGCCUUUGCUUUCCCGCAUUUUGCCUUCAGAUACCUGUAAAAUCUACAAACAAGGCAUCAACAUCAGGCUAGACACCACUCUCAUCGACUUUACUGACAUGAAGUGCCAGCGGGGGGACCUGAGCUUCAUCUUCAAUGGGAACGCUCCACCUUGUGAGUCCUUUGUUGUCCUUGACAACGAGCAGAAGGUCUACCAGUGGAUCCAUCAUGAGGAGUCGGAGAUGGAGACGGAGGAGGAGGUGGACAUUUUAAUGAGCAGUGAUAUUUAUUCAGCUACACUCUCCACGAAAUCCAUUACCUUCGCCCGGUCCCAGACCGGCUGGCUCUUCAGAGAAGACAAAACGGAAAGGGUUGGGAAUUUCCUGGCUGACUUCUAUUCGGUGAACGGCCUGGUGCUGGAGUCACGGAAACGGCGGGAGCACCUCAGUGAAGAGGACAUCCUCAGGAACAAGGCCAUCAUGGAGAGCUUGAGCAAAGGGGGAAAUGUGAUAGAGCAGAACUUUGAGCCCGUGAGACGGCAGUCCCUCACCCCGCCCUCGCCGAGCACCGUAUCCUGGGAGGAGUACAUCGCCGCUGAGAAGGGCAAGGCACCUCACCUGGGCAGGGAGCUCGUGUGCAAAGAGAGCCGCAAGAACUUCAAGGCCACCAUAGCCAUGAGCCAGGACUUCCCUCUGGGCAUUGAGUCGUUGCUGAAUGUUUUAGAAGUGAUUGCACCCUUCAAGCACUUCAAUAAACUCAGAGAAUUCGUUCAGAUGAAACUACCACCUGGAUUUCCUGUAAAACUAGAUAUCCCCGUGUUUCCAACCAUCACAGCAACUGUGACAUUUCAGGAGUUCCAUUACGAUGAAUUUGAUGCGUCCAACUUCACCAUCCCUAAUGACUACAAGGAGGACCCAAGCCGCUUCCCUGACCUUUAACCUCCUCCAUGCUGCAGCUGAGUGCUUUCUCUCCAAUUGCUUGAACUUGAAUAAUUCAGCCCUCAAAAGGGCACUGGAACAAAUGUGAGUGACAUUUAUAAAAAAGGGAUUGAUUGUGCCGACCUCUGCAGCGGCAAUCAGUUUAUUGAAAAUUUUAAUAUGGGAAAAACAAAGGGUGCCCUACUGUCUGGCUUUUAAGAUACCUUGAAAUAUUAAUCUGAGCAUUAUUCACAUGUAUUGUACGCAGCUAGCCCUAAGCCAAUUUUUUCUUUCCAUGUUCACAACCAAUCAGUUUUAAAAUGCCUAAUGCUGGACAGCACAGCACAGCUUCCUGGUCCUUGCUACACAGCGAUCAAUACCGGGACGUAAACCUCAUCAGCUGUGUAGCAGAUGUACUGCGAUUUUCUAAAAGCUGGGGGUGUACUUUUUCAGUUUGGCAACGAAGUUUUACUUUUUGCUAAUUUGAAAAUGCUUGCAAUGGAAUGUGUCAUAGCAUUUUCUUAUAUAUCUAAAACUGACAAUUUCAGUUCGUUUUUCUGUUAUCACCACCUCUGAUCUGCUACCUGUACAUCCUGUACUGUGAAUGUAUUUUUGUACAAAGCACUAAGGUUUAGAAAUUUGAGGGGUUUUGAAAGAACCUGUGCAAUUUUAAUUGCAUUUGAAAUGUUUUUUUUUGUGCAUUAUACCGUUCUGUUCCCAUGAAGCACUGGGAGAGUGGCACUAUUAAGACUGCACAGAUGAAUGCUCUAUAAUCACA